AGUGUGAGGGGACUCGGGCGGAGGCAAACCCUCGCUGCCUUUUUUGACCUUCCUUUUGUCCGAGGGGGUCCGUCCGGCUCAGGGUCGCUGCCGCCCCGCCGCAGCGCGCUUGGGUCCGGCCGCCUCUUCCUUUUCUUUGAAACUCGGGAGCCUUUUCCCCUUUUUCCGUCUCCGUUUUGGGCACUCAGUGCCGUCUGGGCUGGUGUCCCUGGUCCCCGACCGGCCGCUUCCUGCCCGUGCGCUCGUCGCCCCCGCCCAGGGUCUCCCCUGCGCCCCCGCCCCGGCCCGGGAGGUGGGAGGCUUCGUCCCCUCCGCCCACCCGCGUCUCCGCAGCCGUAGCCGCACCUGCCUCGGUAUGAACGGGGGCACCGACCCUCCUCUUUUCAUAAAAGACAUUAAGCCCGGACUGAAAAACUUAAAUGUCGUCUUUAUUGUGCUGGAGAUAGGACGCGUGACCAAAACCAAAGACGGCCAUGAAGUGAGAUCAUGCAAAGUGGCAGACAAAACGGGCAGCAUCACUAUUUCCGUGUGGGAUGAAAUCGGAGGUCUUAUCCAGCCGGGGGACAUUAUUCGGUUGACCCGAGGGUAUGCAUCCAUGUGGAAAGGAUGUUUGACGCUGUACACUGGAAGGGGUGGAGAACUUCAAAAAAUUGGGGAAUUUUGUAUGGUUUAUUCAGAAGUGCCAAAUUUCAGUGAACCCAACCCAGAUUAUCGAGGACAACAGAGCAGAGGGGCACACAAUGAGCAGAAGAAUAAUUCCAUGAAUAAUAAUAUGGGUACAGGUACAUUUGGACCAGUGGGAAAUGGGGUUCAAGCUGGCCCAGAAUCAAGGGGAUGCCAGUUUUCAUAUGCUGGUAGAAGCAAUGGCCGGGGACCUACAAAUUCACAGCUACAAGGAACAGCUAAUAAUCAAACAGUCAUGACCACAAUAAGUAAUGGCAGGGACCCUCGGAGAGCCUUUAAAAGAUGACCUAUGCUCAGUACUCACAUGUAGUUUUUAAACUACACACCCUACUUGAACACUUACUGCACUUUUAUUUAUCGUUAACUGUGAAAACUGUGUCCUUUAUCGGUUUCCUCUUAUGUUUUGGGUUUGUUAACAAGAGUGGAUUGUUCUUAUAGCAAAACUGUUAAGCUGCUCAAGUCUCCUGUUGAAGAAUUUGAAGAAUGGGAAGACUCUGAAAAGUAGGGGCAUUUAUUUUUAGGGCAAAAAGAUCAAUGGUUAUCCUCUAAAAACACGCCCCUGUUCCGUGGGUGAGUUUCUUAAGACAUCAGCAUUAUAGCCUCUAUGAGUCUGUCUUCCAUAUACAUUUCGUAAUAUUUAAAGUAAGGCUUAGUGGGAGAUGUUCUUUUGUCUUAAAUUCAGGUAUUGCCAACUGAAGCAAUAACUACCAAAACCCCCCACAAAA